AUGAUUGACGUUGACCGCGCUUCUCGUAACACAGUUUCAAGUCUCCAAAUGAAAUCACAACAAAAUCAGGUGAAUAAACUUAUUGAUUUUAAGUCGUUUAGUGAUGAUAGAGAGGAAGAAAUGGUUGUUGAAGGCGAUGAGACUAUCGAUCUAACUCCAGACAGUUCCGAUUCGAGGAAAUUACUUAGAGUUGAUAGCGGCGGCGCUAGCGGUGGAGCUGGAGAGGAAGCUGACUCCGCUUUGCGAGCCGAUGAUUCUUCCACAAAGUCAUUGAAAAGGAUUCGUUUGGUUUGGAAUCCUCAGCUGCACAGUGAUAACAAUGCCACUACCAGUACUAGGUUUAGGACCUAA